CGUGGCCAUCAAUCAAAAUGCUAUCUGCAUCUCCGUCCUUCCUACCACCAUCUUCCCCAUGGAUACCGGUCUAUAUCGUUUGACUUUGGACGAUGGAGGAUCCCAUCAUUCAUCAUCGACUUAUCAGUCGCAAUUGGUAGAAGCCGCGCGCAAAAGAAUUGACGAUGAAAUAGCACAGCUGAAACAGACCAUCCAUAUUCUGAGCCGUCGGCGCAAUGGAUUGGCACCUGCAAACGGCUUGCCCGCCGAACUACUUGCAGAUAUAUUUACGAGAAACGCAUCCGCAUAUGAUGCGCGGUUAGGCGAACAGGAUGACCUUUCAUGGGCGAGAGUGUCUCAUGUUUGCCGAUAUUGGCGCAAUGCAGCGUUGGAGACUCCGCGUAUGUGGACACGGAUCACGGUCAAGAGCGAGCCGUGGACACGCUUGCUCCUCGAGCGCACGAAGAAUCUCCCCCUUGUGGCUCAUUUUGAUGUCCCGGUAGACUCCUCCCAUCCACGAAUGAGCGGAUUCAGGCUAUUAGCCAUGAACUCACCCCGCCUUCGAGAGCUUACCAUCUCAUUUUCCAAUGCGCGCACGACUCUCGGCACGAAGUAUAUGGUUUGGGACGCACUUGCACAUCCGGCUCCUCUCCUCGAGUCUUUUGUCAUUCAGACGCCUUUCCUAGACAACGUCAACGGUGUGCUGAACAACGUCCCUGCGCAUGCACCGGCUGGAGUUUUCGAUGGCCAGUUCCAUUCGUUGUGGCGUGUAGAAUUACAUCAGUGCUCGUGGUGUUGGUCCACGUCCCUCUUCUGCAAUACAGUCACUCACCUCGUACUCGACGGCCGUUGCGUCUCCUCGCAAACGCCUAUACAUCAGAUCUUCUCCGCUCUAGACUGCAUGCCUAUGCUUGAAGAAUUGGAGCUCAUCCACGUCACACCUCCGGUGCCUUGGGACUUCGAUCCUCGUACCAUCAAUGAGCCUCUCGUUUAUCUUUCACGCCUCAGCUGCCUCCGCAUCGACGAGCUGACACUCAACUGUGCAGCGAUUCUUUUUACCAUCUCCAUACCUGCUGACACGAAGCUGGUGUUGUUCUGCCAGCCUUUCAUGCGCUGUGACGAGAUACGCGCCAUUGGGGCGGCGCUCACGGCCAAGUUCGACCCUCAAUCUACCGCGGAACAUCGCAUGCUACAGAGCUUAUCGAUCGAAACCAACGCGACAGACACACUGCAGCUGAACUUCUGGACGGAUGUUCUCUCCCUGGAUGAGCUUCGCGAAGCAUCCGUCGGGGAAGCACUGCUGCAGCUUAACGUGGAGUGGGAGGGAAUGGUGGUGAACACCUUGCUGACCACCUUGAUGGAUGCGUGCAACACACUGCCGCUCUCGACCGUGCGCGCGAUGUACAUCUCAGAUUCAUUCCCACUGUCAGUGACGGCGUGGCUCGAUAUGUUUGGAUGCCCUCUGCGAGGCCUUACGGAGCUGUGGGUGACCGGGCAUUCGGCGACGCAUCUACCGCAGGCGCUGUUGAAGUACGCGUGUCUGCGGUGCCACUUCGACGAAGUGCAUGGUAGUACACCGGAGCAGGAAGCUAUGCCACAUGGGAAGCAACCAGUGCUGUUUCCUGCCUUAGAUGUGCUGACGCUCGAGGAGGUGGACUUUUCUGUCGACGUGCAGCCAGGGACGAACAAGACGUUGUGGCACCUUUUCGAGGAAGUGUUGAAUCUUCGACAAGAGGCUGGGGGCUGCCGACGGUUAUCAUUCAUCAAGUGUAGAAAUUUGGUCGGCGACCAGAUCUACGACUUGUCGGGACGCGCGGAAGUGACGUGGGAUGGAGAAUACCUUGAUUUUGAUCUGGAUGAAUACUAUACUUCGAGCUCGGAAGAGGAUUACGAGGAAUUUUAUGAGCGUGAGAAAGAUAAGGAAGGACCUGACAAGGAACACGGAGGAGGUGAAAAAGACGAUGAUUAGACAGGCGGAAAGUCUCACGAUGCUAAGGAUAGGAUAACGCAUGCUGUCUGCAAUACUAGUGUAUAAGACUGUCAAUUGAUAUCAGUGAGUCAUGCCCUUCUUGCCGCACCACCCGCUAGCCUGCUAGGACAAUCUGUAGCCGGGGUCAUUCAAAAUACGCUAAGCUGGAGCA